AUGUACGUGGCUGAAGUUGACCAGCGAGACUGGGAUGAGUAUGCUGAGCGGCUCACAUUUGCCAUUAACACUGCACAAGAUCGGAUCCGGGGGGAUACCCCAUUUUAUCUGAUUCAUGGGUGGGACCCGCGAUCGACUUUGGAGGCUACGCUACCAGUGGGGAAUACGGGGACACGAGAUCGCGAUCCAAAGAGGUGGAGAUACAAAAUCCAAAGACAAUACCAGCGAGCCCGAUCUGCAGUGAACGAUCGUUUACAAGCCGCGAUCCAGGAGCGAGCAGAUCGACACAACGAAGAUCUGGAACCACACGAGAUCGAAGUAGGAGCGCAAGUUUGGCUAUACCUGGACCGAGUUAAAGAGGGAUAUGCGAAGAAGCUAGCGCACAUGUGGCAUGGGCCAUUCCGAGUUGCGGACGUAUGUGGAGAUCAUGCUGUAAAAUUGGAGAUCGCUGGAACCCCAUAUCGGUUAUUUCCGAUUGUACAUAUAUCGAAGCUAAAAAAGGUAAAGACGUUCCCUGAACGCCCGAAGGAUCAGCUUACGAUAGAGGGAUCAGAUCGCUUGGAUUUCGAUGAAGCUCUGCUGCCAGAAGACAGUUGGGAUGGCGAUCUUGAAGAAGGGGAAUACGAAGUAGAGGCAAUAUUGGACGUGCGAUCUGGUAGAAAAACCCGUUAUGGGCGAGUACACCGGCAGUUUCUGGUGAAGUGGAAGGGAUAUCCCGAUCUAAGUUGGGUGGACGAGGCCGAUCUAAGUUGUGGGGCGAUCUUGCAAGAGUUUGAGCGGAACCGAGUGAGUCGAAACCGUUUCGACGUAAUGCAGUCUCAUGAAGGCAAGUCGGACGAACCUUAA